ACGGAGCUGCAGGUGAUCCAGCCUGAGAAGUCAGUGUCUGUCGCAGCUGGACAGACAGCCACUCUGCGCUGCACCCUGACCUCCCUGCUCCUCGGUGGGCCGGUUGAGUGGUUCAGGGGAACAGGGCCAGGCCGGGAGUUAAUCUUCAGUUUCAGAGGAGGCCGCUACCCCCGAGUAACAAAUGUUUCAGAUACCACAAAGAGAAACAACACAGACUUUUCCAUCCGCAUCAGUAACAUCACCCCAGCAGACACCGGAACCUACUACUGUGUGAAGUUCCAGAAGGGGACCCCUGAUGUGGAGUUUAAGUCUGGACCAGGCACUCAACUCAUAGUGAGCGCCAAACCCUCUCCCCCCGUGGUGUCGGGUCCCACGGCCAGGGCCUCACCUGAGCAGACCGUCAACUUCACCUGCAAGUCCCACGGCUUCUCCCCCAAAAACAUCACCCUGAGAUGGUUCAAAAACGGGAAUGAACUGGCAGCCUCCCAGAUCGGUGGGAAGUCACCUGGCAGAGACGAGAAGGGGGACUUGAACUCAGGCCUGGAACUGCACCUGGGCCAACUCCCCAACUCAGAGUUCAGCUCUGGAGCCUCGGGUCCUCCUCUGUGGGAUGAGGAGAUGACACGGCCCACCCCACACGAUCAGAAGGGCGGAGGGUUCUCCACAGUGUCACACACCUGGAGCUAUGCCCAGGAUGCCUAUGCGAUCCUGCUGUGCCGGGAUUCACAGCCUCCCCUGGCCAUUCCAGGGCUCCAACCACUGCCAACCCUUCUGGAUCCAGUGGGUCUGGCAUAA